UACUUAUGACAGCUGUCUCACAUUCAGAGCCGCAUUUAACAGAGGCUUGCUUCAUUCAUAAAACUUGAAGUAUAAUAUGUGGUAUCUUUUCAGAUUUUAGAAUUAAUUCUUUCAACAAUUGCUUCUUUGAAGACUACAUAAUGUUUUCUGCCAUUAAGAGAUUAACUGGCAAAUCAGAUGGCAAUGUGUCUCCUAGGCCAGCCCAUCAAUCUAUGCCGACAAAUCUUCAGAGAAAAUUUGCCAAAGGUGUACAAUAUAAUAUGAAAAUAAUAAUAAAGGGAGACAGGAAUGUAGGAAAGACAUGUUUAUUCUAUAGACUGCAGGGGCAAAAAUUUAUCGAAGAGUAUAUACCCACGGAAGAGAUACAGGUGGCUAGUAUACAAUGGAAUUAUAAAGCCACUGAUGAUGUGGUAAAAGUGGAGGUAUGGGAUGUCGUUGAUCGUGGCAGACGUCGCCGGAAAUUGGAAGGUUUAAAGAUGGACAAUGCUCCGAGUAAUGCAGAAAAUGUUAUCGAGGAACCAGCUUUAGAUGCUGAGUUUCUCGAUGUUUACAAAGGCACCAACGGCGUUAUUAUCGUGAUGGACAUCACGAAAAGUUGGACGUUUGAUUAUGUUCAACGAGAACUGCCAAAAAUACCUAGCCAUAUUCCCGUUAUCGUUCUUGGUAAUCAUUGCGAUAUGUCGCAUCACAGAACUGUCACCGCGGAUCACGUGACAUACUUUAUAGACUCGCUACACGAAAGAACAGCACAAAUAAGAUAUGCGGAAUCGUCGAUGCGAAACGGUUUCGGGUUAAAACUACUGCACAAAUUUUUUAAUCUACCGUUUCUGCAGUUGCAACGUGAAACGUUGCUGAAACAGCUCGAAACUAAUGAAGGGGAAACACGCUUGACAAUUCAAGAACUCGAUCUCUUCCAAGACAGUGAUGAUGCCGAUUACAACAAAUUCCUAGAUAAUCUUGUAAAUCGUAGAAGAGCUCUUGCCGAUUCAGUAUCUGCUAGCAAUCUAGUUUCAAAUGUUCCAUCAUCUAUGAGUAGCUAUCAUCUUGCAUCUCCUAAUACGAAUACCGCCGGAGAAGUUAAAAGAUCAAUUUCAAUGCCCGGUCCAAUUGGUGGCGGAACUCCAAUCCCAGUGAAAAGUUUAGAGAUGAAAUCAUUAUCAAAAAAGGAGAGCUCUGCAACAAGCACAUUGAAUAAUUUAUCAAAUUCUAUGAAAGCUUCGCAAAUUGUGACAUCACCCAUUUCACAAAAUUCUGCUGUUAAAAUAGAAGUAGCUAAACCGGCUGAAUCCGCUAAUGACAAUGGCGAGAAAAGAGAUUCGCUCAAUCGCCCUCCAUCACUCAUGUCUAAAAUCUUUGGCCACAAGAAAGAAGAUGAGAUGGAUGGAAAGCUGCCAAAUGUUAAAAAUCUUAGCUUAAAUGCACCAUUGACUAGUGUUGAAGAUUUUGUACCAGAUGAUGGGAUGUUAGACAGAUCGUUUUUGGAAGAUAGUAAUCAGGUCUCGCCACAGAAAGUGCAGCAAGAAGAAGUAGAUUCUGAGAGUGAUACAGAGACUGCAAAUCCUUUAGUAGCUGGUUACGAAGAUGAUUUGUCAUCCAUUGAAGAAGUAGCUUCUCCUAUACAACCAAAAUUAGCAGAAAAUCCGUUAUCUAAACAAAAACAUAAACUAGAACCGCUGUCAGGUCCAGAAAUGAAUACCGAGAAGCCAAAUCAAAUUAUGAAACGCGACUCUGUUUCUUCCAUAGAACAAGAAUUACGUAUUUCAAAUAAUUACGAGUCGAAUGAGCAGCCAGACAUAAAUUCGGAUACUAUUGACAGCUGGUUACGGCGAGAUUCCAAAUGGCGACAAAGUCCUGAAGGAGGUGAAGAUGUGAGCAGUACCAGUACGAGGAAAGACAGAUUAGAAUUAAGCGAUAAGAGUCUGGAUGUUAGCAUGACAAGCUCCAAUGUUCACCUGGAAUUGCUUGAUGACACUAGCAUGCGUCAUAUAAACUCUAAUACCAGUAGUCCGGUGAUGAAAGAAAGAAAGAAACAUAAAGAGAAGGGAGAUGAGAAAGAGAAGAAGAAAAAGAAGAAAGCAAAAGACAAGGACAAGGAUAAAGAAAAAACGGAAAAAACUGAAAAGAAAAAGAAACGCUCAUCUCACCGAUCGAGGGAUGAAAAUAGAGAACGAGAUGAACUCGAGGAAUUUUUAAAUGGUUCAGCUACAAGAACUGGUGUUGACGUUGCCUAUGAGGCAAUUUAGCAUUCUAACAAAAUUAUCGGUAAUGUUUUUUGGAAGCGCACAUUGCAAAAAAAGAAAAAAAGGACUUUUUGCUUCAUAUAAAAGACUCCUUGAUGUUAAUGUAUGUUAUGUCUCCGAAAACAAAAGAACAAGAUUAUUAUUAAUGCAAAGAAAAUAAUGUUUCGGAUCACAAUUAAUCUAUAAAAAUAUAUUUUCCACAAAUAUAAUCGUAUGUGCGCUUUUGAACUGCAUUAAUUGGCAUUUUAACCAAGCAGUUUGUUAAAGAUCGUGAUUUUAUGGAAGAUAUGUUUCAGUGAUCAAAUCGCCCAUUUCUAUUGCAUUUUGAUUUUAGAUUUUUAACAAUUUUUAACGAAUAUUUAAAAAAAUUGUAAAUCGUGAAAGUUUCUUAUGUAAAUGGAUAUAAUAUGUGAAUAUUUCUCUUACAAUAUGAUAAAGUGAUAUAAUAAUUAUGUGGCA